UCCUGCCCAUCCCUCCCCUCACUGCCUCCUGCCCUCCAUUCCUCCACCAUGGCACCUGCCUCAGGACCCAGGCCGCUCCUGCUGCUGCUGCUGGCCAGUCUGCCCCUGGCCCUGGGGGACCCCAUGUACUCCAUAAUCACUCCCAACAUCCUGAGACUGGAAAAUGAGGAGACCAUAGUGCUGGAAGCCCAUGAGGCCCAGGGUGACAUUCCUGUCACCGUCACAGUGCAUGACUUCCCCGCCAAGAAGCAGGUUCUGUCCAGUGAGAAGACAGUGCUGAUGGGUGCCAUGGGACACCUGGGCAAUGUCACCAUCAAGAUCCCCGCUGGUAAGGAGUUCAAGCCGAAUAAGAAGCAGUUCGUGAUGGUCCAGGCGAACUUCGGGGCGACGGUGGUGGAGAAGGCGGUGCUGAUCAGCCUCCAGAGCGGGUACCUCUUCAUCCAAACGGACAAGACCAUCUACACCCCGGGCUCCACCGUCCUGUAUCGGAUCUUCACUGUCGACCACCAGCUGCUGCCUGUGGGCCGGACCGUCAUCAUCACCAUUGAGACCCCAGAUGGCAUCCCCAUCAAAAGAGACACUCUGUCCUCUCACAACCAGUAUGGCAUUUUGCCCUUGUCCUGGAACAUUCCAGAGCUGGUGAACAUGGGGCAAUGGAAGAUCCGAGCCUUCUAUGAGCACACACCUGAGCAAGUCUUCUCUGCGGAGUUUGAGGUGAAAGAAUACGUGCUGCCAAGCUUCGAAGUCUUGGUGGAGCCAGCAGAGAAAUUCUACUACAUCGAUGAUCCCAAGGGUCUGGAAGUCUCUAUCACCGCCAGAUUCUUAUACCUGAAGAAUGUGGACGGGACAGCCUUUGUCAUCUUUGGGGUCCAGGAUGGUGACCAGAGGAUCUCCCUGGCCCACUCUCUCACCCGCGUUGUGAUAGAGAACGGCGCUGGGGAGGCGGUGCUGAGCAGACAGGUGCUCCUGGACGGGGUGCAGCCCUCCAGUGCUGAUGCGCUGGUGGGGAAGUCCCUGUAUGUGUCCGUCACGGUCAUCCUGCACUCGGGCAGUGACAUGGUGGAAGCAGAGUACAGCGGGAUCCCCAUUGUCACCUCCCCGUACCAAAUCCACUUCACCAAGACGCCCAAGUACUUCAAGCCAGCCAUGCCCUUCGACCUCAUGGUGUUCGUGACCAACCCUGAUGGCUCCCCAGCCCAACGUGUGCCCGUGGCGACCAAAGACAACGUUCAGGCCCUCACCCAAGAUGACGGUGUGGCCAAGCUGAGCAUCAACACGCCCAACAGUCGCCAGCCCCUCAGCAUCACGGUGCGCACAAUGAAGGAGGGCAUCCCCGAGGCACGGCAGGCCUCCAGGACCAUGCAGGCCCAGCCCUAUGGCACCAUGCACAGCUCCAACAACUAUCUCCACUUGUCUGUGUCCCGGGUGGAGUUCAAGCCGGGCGACACUCUGAACGUCAACUUCCACCUGCGGACCGACGCUGGCCAGGAAGCCAAGAUCCAAUACUAUACAUACCUGGUCAUGAACAAAGGGAAGCUGUUGAAGGUGGGCCGCCAGACUCGGGAGCCGGGCCAGGACCUGGUGGUGCUACCCCUGACCAUCACGACUGACUUCAUCCCUUCCUUCCGCCUGGUGGCCUACUACACCCUGGUUGGCGCUAGUGGCCAGAGAGAGGUGGUGGCUGACUCCGUGUGGGUGGAUGUCAGAGAUUCGUGUGUGGGCACGCUGGAGGUCAAAGGUAACCAGGACAAGAAACAGCCUCUACCUGGGCAGCAGAUGACACUCACGAUACAGGGUGACCAUGGGGCCCGAGUGGGGCUGGUGGCUGUGGAUAAGGGUGUGUUUGUGUUGAACAAGAAGAACAAACUCACUCAGAGUAAGAUCUGGGAUGUGGUAGAAAAGGCAGACAUUGGCUGCACCCCAGGCAGCGGGCAGGACUACGCAGGUGUCUUCACGGACGCGGGCCUGGCCUUCAAGACCAGCCUCGGUCUGCAGACUGCACAGAGAUCAGAUCUUGAAUGCCCCAAGCCAGCUGCACGCCAGCGCCGCUCUGUACAACUUAUGGAAAAGAGAAUGGACAAAGCGGGGCAAUACAAAGACAAGAUGCUGCGGAAGUGUUGCGAGGAUGGCAUGCGUGAGAACCCCAUGCAGUUCUCCUGCGACCAGCGGGCACGCUACAUCUCCCAGGGUAAGGCCUGUGUGAAGGCCUUCAUGGACUGCUGCACCCAUCUUGUCCAGCUGCGGAAGCAAUACCAACGGGACCAUGAGCUGGACCUGGCCAGGAGUGACCUGGAUGAUGAAAUAAUUCCUGAGGAAGACAUCAUCUCACGAAGUCAGUUUCCAGAAAGCUGGCUAUGGAACAUAGAAGAUUUAAACGAGCCAGGGAAAGAUGGAAUCUCCACGAAAGUCAUGAAGAUCUUUCUCAAGGACACCAUUACGACUUGGGAGAUCCUGGCCGUGAGCUUGUCAGACAAGAAGGGGAUCUGUGUGGCGCAUCCUUAUGAGAUCACCGUGAUGCAAGAUUUCUUUAUCGACCUGCGGCUUCCCUACUCGGUGGUGCGCAACGAGCAGGUGGAAGUCCGAGCUGUCCUCUUUAACUACCGGGAGGAUGAAAGCCUCAGGGUGAGGGUGGAACUCCUCCACAACCCCGCCUUCUGCAGCCUGGCCACGGCCAAGAGGCGCCACUACCAGACUGUGGUCAUCCCCCCCAAGUCCUCUGUGCCCGUGCCUUACGUGAUAGUCCCCUUGAAGACCGGCCUGCAGGAGGUGGAGGUCAAAGCCGCAGUCUACAAUCAUUUCAUCAGUGAUGGUGUCAAGAAAACACUGAAGGUCGUGCCGGAAGGAAUCAGAGUCAACAAGACUGUGGCUGUUCGGACACUGGAUCCAGAAAAGCAAGGACAAGACGGGGUUCAGAGGGAGCACAUCCCACCUGCAGACCUCAGCGACCAAGUUCCAGACACAGAGUCUGAGACCAGCAUCCUCGUACAAGGGACGCCUGUGGUCCAGAUGAUUGAGGAUGCUGUGGAUGGAGAGCGGCUGAAACACCUGAUCGUCACGCCUUCUGGGUGCGGGGAGCAGAACAUGAUUGGCAUGACGCCCACAGUCAUUGCUGUGCACUACCUGGACCAAACCGAGCAGUGGGAGACGUUCGGCCUGGAUAAGCGGCAGGAAGCUCUGGAGCUCAUCAGGAAGGGGUACACACAGCAGCUGGCCUUCAAGCAACCAAACAAUGCCUAUGCUGCCUUCAACAACCGUGCACCCAGCACUUGGCUCACAGCGUACGUGGUCAAGGUCUUCUCUCUGGCUGCCAACUUCAUUGCCAUCAACUCCCAGAUCCUGUGUGAUGCCGUUAAAUGGCUGAUCUUAGAGAAGCAGAAGCCAGAUGGUGUCUUCCAAGAGGAUGGGCCUGUGAUUCACCAAGAAAUGAUAGGUGGCUACCGGAACACCAAGGAGGCCGACGUGUCCCUCACAGCCUUCGUCCUCAUUGCAUUUCAGGAGGCCAAAGAUAUCUGUGAAGGGCAGAUUGCGAGCUUACACGGCAGCAUCAACAAAGCCGGGGACUACCUGGAAGCCAAUUACCUGAACCUACAGCGGCCGUACACCGUGGCCAUCGCUGGCUAUGCCCUGGCCCAGCUGAACAAACUAGAAGGCCCUUACCUCUACAAGUUUCUGAACACAGCCAAAGACCGGAACCGCUGGGAGGAGCCGGAGAAGCAUCUCUACAGCGUGGAGGCCACGUCCUAUGCGCUCUUAGCCCUGCUGCUUUUAAGGGACUUUGAUUCUGUGCCUCCCGUCGUGCGUUGGCUCAACGAGCAGAGAUACUAUGGCGGUGGCUAUGGCUCGACCCAGGCCACCUUCAUGGUAUUCCAGGCUUUGGCCCAAUACCAAAUAGAUGUCCCUGACCACAAGGAUUUGAACAUGGAGGUGGCCAUCCAUCUUCCCAGCCGCAGCUCUCCAGUCACAUAUCGCCUCCUCUAUGAAUCCGGCAAUCUCCUGCGGUCCGAAGAGACCAAGCAAAAUGAGGGCUUCUCCUUAACAGCAAAAGGGAAAGGCCAAGGCACGCUGUCGGUAGUUACAAUGUAUCAUGCCAAGGGCAAAGCCAAGGUCCCCUGCAAGAAGUUUGAGCUCAGGGCCACUAUCAGACAACCCCUUAAAACAGUCAAGAAGCCCCAGGACGCCAAGAACACGAUGGUCCUUGAUAUCUGCACCCGGUACCUGGGAGAUGUAGAUGCAACUAUGUCCAUCCUGGACAUCUCCAUGAUGACUGGCUUUGUGCCUGACAUGGCUGACCUUGAUCUGCUGAGCUCCGGAGUGGACAGGUACAUCUCCAAGUACGAGAUGAACAAAGCUUACUCCAACAAGAACACACUUAUCAUUUAUCUGGACAAGAUCUCACACACCGAGGAAGAAUGUCUGUCCUUCAAAGUUCACCAGUACUUUGAAGUGGGGCUUAUUCAGCCUGGGUCCGUCAAGGUCUACUCCUAUUACAACUUGGAGGAGUCGUGCAUCCGAUUCUACCACCCUGAGAAGGCGGAUGGAAUGCUUAACAAGCUCUGCCACAAAGAUACAUGCCGCUGUGCUGAAGAGAACUGUUUCAUGCAUCAGUCUAUUGAGAAGGUUACCUUGAAAGAGCGCUUGGACAAGGCCUGCGAGCCCGGAGUGGACUAUGUGUACAGGACCAGGCUGGUCAGGAUCGAGCUGUCAGAUGACUUUGAUGAGUACGUAAUGGCCGUUGACCAGAUCAUCAAGUCAGGCUCCGAUGAGGUGCAGGUGGGGCAGGAGCGCACGUUCAUUAGCCACAUCAAGUGCAGGGAGGCCCUGAAGCUGCAGGAAGGAAAGCACUACCUCAUAUGGGGCCUCUCCUCCGACCUGUGGGGUGAAAAACCCAACACCAGCUACAUCGUGGGGAAGGACACCUGGGUGGAGCUCUGGCCUGAGGCAGAAGAAUGCCAAGAUGAGGAGAACCAGAAACAGUGCCAGGACCUUGGGGCCUUCACUGAGAGCAUGGUGGUCUUUGGCUGCCCCAACUGACCACAGCCACAGCCACAGCCCCUCCAGUAAAGCUUGUUACAGUUCACCUGCUCCCUUAA